AUGCCAAGAAUCGAAUAUGAGCCGAAGCUGGACUUCAAGGACGUCCUUUUGCGGCCCAAGCGGUCCACUUUGAAGAGUCGAGCCGAUGUUGACCUUGUCAGAGAAUUUGUGUUUCGGAAUUCGAAGAAGCAAUAUGUUGGCAUUCCAGUGGUUGCAUCAAAUAUGGAUACCGUUGGAACGUUUGAAAUGGCCGAAGCACUAGCCAAACACAGGCUUUUCACAACGAUUCACAAGCAUUACACCAUUGAACAGUGGCAAGAAUUUGUUACCAAGAUAGAAUUGAAUCCUAGCAUCUUGAAACGGCUGCACAUGGCGAGUGAUCAACGACCAUCAUGA